UUUCUUUUCUCUGAGUUUUUUAAUCGCUUAAUAAACCAGAAAACUAACCACCUUAAGUUUAGCUGGAUCAUCAAACAGACUAGAUUGUUUCUAUCCAUGAGCAGUUAAGUCAAUCAUCCAGUUGGAGUAUUUUCCUUGUAAUUUCAGUUUGAAGAGUUUCAACACUUGAUGGUAUGUGUCCGUUGAUGCAUUUUCAGGUUGUAGGACUGCCUGAAUCCUUUUCCACAUUCACCGCACACGUACGGUUUCUCCCCUGAAUGAGUCCGCUGGUGUCUCUUCAGCCGGUUGGCGCUGAGGAAGCUCUUGUCGCACUCAGCGCAGGCGUACGGUCUCACUCCGGUGUGGUAGCGCAGGUGAAUGGUGAGGUAGCAGGACUGGGUGAAACUCUUCCCACAGUGGGGGCACUGGAAAGGUUUGUGGCCUGUGUGGAAACGCUCGUGCUUCAGCAGCUCGGCGUGGGAGAAGAAGCCCUUCCCGCAGUCAGAGCAGAGGAACGGCCUCUCGCCUGAGUGAGUCAGCUCGUGUCUGAUCAGGGUCGCCUUGUAGACAAAACUCUUGUCACACUGCGAGCAGCUGAAAACAUUUUCUCUGGUGUGGUAGCGCUCGUGCUUCUUCAUAUUCCGCUCCCUCUUGAAGCUCUUGCCACAAAAAGAGCACAUGAAGGGCAUCUCCUCGGAGUGGAUCUUCAUGUGGUUCAGCAGCCCUCCCUUGUACAGGAAUCCCUUUCCACACUGUGUGCAUGUGUGCGGUCGCUCCUUUUGAUGAAUGCGUUGAUGUGCAGUCAGAGCUGCCCGGUAAGCAAAGCUCUUCCCGCAAUUGCAGGUGUGCACUCGCUCUUCUUGGUGAGUCUGCAGGUGCUUGUUAAGGUAACUGGCACAGCUGAAGCCCAGCUCACAACGGGGGCAUUUGAAGGAACGCUCCACCUUGUUGACCUCCUCGCUGUGGGUUUUCAGGUGUCUCACCAGAGCGGACUUCCACGCAAACACACGGCCACACUCCGAGCACACAUACUCGCCGUUCUCCAUGUGGGUGCUCUUGUGCUCCUUCUGAGCCACCAGAGACUUGAAGAACUCCCCACAGAUCAGACACUCGUACUUUCGCCCAGACUUGUGUGUCUGCUUGUGCCGCUCUAGUGACUGUUUAAAGGAAAACCGCCGCCCGCACUGAGGACAGGGGAAGGGUUGCUCGCCUGUGUGAAUUCGCUGGUGAGCCGUUAGUAAGGACUGGAACUUGAAGCUCUUCUCGCAGUCCGAGCAGCUGAAACGUCCGUCAUUUGUGGGGGACUGAAGUGACUCCUUGUCAUCCUCAGUCUGAGCUGAGUGAACUUGGUCGAUGUGCAGCUGGACCUGAGCUUCCUCUGAGUGUGUGAAGGAGCAUUUAGGACAGGAGAACACAGCUGAGGAGCCAUCUUCUUUGGAGCCUGAUGGAAAUAAAUAAAGUUCUUAAGACAUGAUGGCAAAAAUUUAGCACUCAUACGUUUGUUAGGACCUUUGCUGUUGGCUGAUAUUUGCAGAUAGACAAUUUACAAGUCAACCAUUACCCCAAAUUUCCACCGCAUUCGGAACAGCUCCAAUCCGAAACGGCUGCGAUUUAUGCCGUCACUUCCCACCGGAUACGUUUGUGAGGCAAUUUUCGUGGCAGAUUACAGACAGCGGGCAUCACAAGAACUCACAGGAACCCGUGGAUUCACGUGCAAUCGCGCGAAAAUGAGUUGUCUCUAUAGCCACAUAACCAUAUAAGCAGUAGAUCGUGUCCUUCCAGAGGAGGAAAUCCACUUCUAGACUUUUAGAAUAAGCAUUUCCUCAUACAUGGUGUCAUUGGGGUGAAAUGACAUCUAUAAACCUUUCGCUUGUUCAUCCCCUCCAGUUUGCAUGUGUGGAAUACGAUCUGCCUGAAACACAGAGUGUUUUAUUUUGAAAAUAAACCAGAUGUUCUAUUUUGUGUCUGUGCCCGACUUCCUUUCCAGCACGGGUUAAUCUGUGCUGAAUUUAUCCGGCAUACUCUGGGGGAAAAAAAAUGGAACUCUUGCGAUCAGCUGAGGAGUCUGGUAAUCUGCAGCGGAACGUAAAGAAGCCGGUGGAAAUUGUCACAUUAACUUUAAUAGUUACGAUCAGCUGCGAUCGGCGAAUACGGCCUUUUCGUAGCCGUUCCGAAUGCGGUGGAAAUUGGGGAUUAGUUGAUCUGGUGAGUGGUUUUCAGGUUAGCAGAUUAUGUUUGAUGUUACAUUUGAUUUUGUUAAAGUAGUGAGGAAGAGAAUAUUCAAGAAUAAGCACUCACACUCUUCACCGUCCUUCGAAGACACCACAGAUGACCCGUAAGAAUGUUCCUCCCUGCUAAAAGACAGACGAACAGUUAGACAUGAAGCCCUUUCAAAAGUGAUUUUUGAGGCAAGAGUAUAACAAACGUAGAUGGUUUUACCAGUUGGAAGGUAAGGGCUUUAGCUCUGGAGGCUUCACCUUCAUGACCUCCUUUUUUCUGGCAGUCAAGCUCUUCUGGAGGUUUAUCACCUGGAUUUUCAUGGUUGGUUUGCGUUUGCGCCCGCUUGUUCUCACCUUAGUGAGCAUAACAACUCCAUUGUCAAACUUGGGGACUGUGCUCUCAAGCUCAGGGGUGGGGCUCUCAUUGCCCUUAGUUUUUGCAUUUGCUGGGUCACAAUCAGUGUAAUUGUCUGCAUGCACCUGACUGUCUGCUUCGGCAGGGGUCUCACUGACCACUUCCUCACCAAUAACAACUUCUGGCCCCUCCCCCUGGCCUUCUGUUGGCUUGUUUGCGUUGUGAUGAUCAGUGUGGGUUUUAAGAUGCCUCGCGAGUGUCAGCUCCCAGUUGAAUCUCUUUUCACACUGGUGACAUGUGUACACACCGUCCACCAUGUGUGUCUGCUUGUGCUGUGUGCGAGCCGACAGGGAUUGAAAAACUUCCCCGCAGACGGCGCAGUCGUACUUUCGUGUGGUGUUGUGUCUGUGCCUAUGUCUGUCGAGAGACUGCCUGAAAGAGAAGCAGCGACCGCAGUCACUACAGCGGUGGGGGCGUUCGCCAGAGUGGAUGACUCUGUGAGCAAUCAGAGAAGAGGCAAACUUAAAUUUCUUGUCACAGUCCGGGCAGUCAUGAGGCCCUGCAGCGACUUUGUGUUGUCCAGAUCCUAACUUGUCUUUAGGAGCUUCUGCAGGGAUGUCUUCUGUCAAACUGCUAACAGCUUUUUCAUCCUCCCGUGCAACAACUUCCUCUUCCCUUGUUGUCUCAUCUGGAAGCACCACCAUCAAAUCUUCAGCCACCAUGUUACCAUUCGUUCCUUCGAAGCAGUUCUCUCCCAUCACCACCUCAAUGUCUGUGCUUGCACUUAAUUCAACUUCUGCGUAAUCUGUGACUGUGAUAAUUUCCACUGCCACAUCUUCUACAAAUGUCACAGUGUCGUCUCUAAGGCCCGGAGGGAGGUCUUUGUGGUCAGGUUGUUCAGCUGGUGUUGAUACUCUCCUUGGAAAUACCAGAGAGAGUGAUGAGAGGAUGCUGUCGCCCAUGCUGGAAGGUGGAACUACAAAAAGAGAAAAAAAAUACAAGUCCCUGUAAUCGAGUUGUGUCUACAAUGAAAUACAUAAAAUGGCGUUAUGGACAAAAACGUACCAUGUUGCUCCAAAUGCCCGAGGUGUUUGUGGUGCUGGAGUAAAGUUUUCAGGUCUGUGGGCUCAGAGACUGAGCGCUCACACUCCUCCAAUACAGAACUAUCAGCUCCAAGCCAAGAGACAGUCUGUGGGGCACAUAAACAGACAUGAGGGGUAGAGUAGCACGCUAUCAUCCACUUAUCAUCAAAUUGACGUUUAUUUAAUGCAAAGUUAAACAUUUCUAGGUAUUUUAAUCCAGAGGUGUGAGCACAGUAAAGCUCAGGAGCAUAAUUGAUUUUCCAAAAGGUGAGAUAGUGUCACCUUUUCCCCCCCCCAACACCUCUUACCUGCUCAAGAUCAGGGACUGGCAACAGCUGAGCCAGCCGAAAGAGGAACUCUGAAAACAGUGUCUGCAAAUCGCAGUCAUACAUGUGCCCAUACUCAGCAGGAAAGACCUCCUUUAAGAAGACAAAAGGAAAUAAUUUACUGACUACAAGCACCUGCCAGACUUCACAACUAAAGAUGUUGGCAGAACCUCGCUUUGAAUAUAUUAUUUAACUGCAAAGGCAAAUAGCAUUGACUGUGAAGGUUUUAGGUAACACUGGCUCACCAUGAAAAAGUCCUGUCUCUCUUCAGGAUCUUUGAGCAGAGUCUGGAUCAACCCAAGAAAGUUCACCAUUAUUUCCUCCUCCUCAGAUUCUGUGCUCUGGAAAUGUGCACAGAUGCAUUACCAGAUAAUUGCAGCAGGUGUUUUCAAUAUACAAACAAACACAUGAAGCAGACACUUACUUUAAUCUUGUCGAAAUGAGACAGGAUGAAACCAGGUUCCUGAAGCGGAUCACUUCGGCACAACUCAACAACAUACUGACAAGAGGAGAAAAAAAAACGUCCACAAAUGUUUCAGUUUGGCACAACAGUUAACUUGCAUGCACCUGUCUGUAUUUCCUCGAUCUUACAGUCACCUACAAGAACUCACCCUGGCUCUUAAACCCAGAAUAAGCUGUGUCCUAUGUUUGCACAUUAGCAGGUCUGGGACCAUGUCUGUCACCAGGGAGACAAACUCAGCCACUUUCCAGUAGUUCAUAACAUCUCCAGUCUUCAGAACCUGCAUCAUGGAGACUGACAUAAGCUGGAGAGGUGGCACCAGGAGGCGCAGCGAAGCCAGAGGUAUGGGAUCACCUGAAAUAUACAUGAGCACUUGGAGUAAAAAUGACAGCAGGUGACUUAUAUUUACUGUUUAUCUCACCCUGACUGUGCGACAUUCACAUGGGUGUUUUUUUGGAAAAAAGUAUUCAGUAACGAAGCUCAAAAGGUUUACCAUAACUUCAACUUUUUCUGCUUUUGUUGACAAUGUGAUAACACAGGUGUUCAUACUGUCAGCAGGUGGGUGUAAAUAGUCGUUAACUUCGACUAGGGCUGGGAGAUAAAACGAUAACGAUAUAAAUCAAAACUGAAUUUCCCUCAAUAUCAAUGUAAAACAUGUCUAAUGCUUUUUGAUAGUCAGUAUUCUGUAAUGUUUUGGUAGACUAAGCAAAGAGCCAAUGAAAGGGGUAGUCGCUCCGGGUCCCCUUCACACUGAACCAAUCAUGUGCUGAAUUAGAACCAAGUAGCAAACAACAGGCUGCAGCUACACGCACCCAUCACACUUUAACAGGUGAAGCCGACAGCACUGUUGGUGAGAAAAAAAGAAAAUGAGUGCUACCCUCGACAGAAAUGCAGAUGAAGGCUCAACAGAUGAUGACAUCGUCGACAACACUGGCAUGAAAACGUUGCAGGUGUGGAGGCAUUUUGUUUUUUUGAGGUCAGACAUGAAGUAAUGUUCACUGCAAAUUAUGUUGAGUACAUGUUCUAGUAAUGUCGGGGAAUACCUUAAAUCUUUCUCACCACCUGAAGCAGAGCGAUCGCAAUGCAAAAGGUUACAAACCCGAGCGGAGCAAGGAGCUCAUGGUGCCUGUACAGCCGAAACAGCCGACCAUUCAGUCCACUUUCUCUAGCACAACGCCUUAGAACAAAUAUCAUAGGACUGGGGGAUAUGGCAAAAAAAAAUGAUCAAGAUAUAUUUUGUCAUAUGUCCGAUCUUGAUCAUUAUCACGAUUUUUAAUAAUGUUUUUUAACUGCCAGAUUUAAAGCAUCUACGCUAAAAACUAAAGAAACAAGAGAUUAGUUCAACAUUUUAUAAACAUACAAAGUAAAUAACAAAGCAAAUUGAAUAAGAUAAAGUUAUAGAAGUAUAAAAACCGUUUUAACUCAACAGUUGCUACAAAAAAAUAUAGGUACGCACAUGUCACGCACUUUCCCCCAUGUUUGAUCCAGUAAAUAUGCUCACAGCUGAUCACCGUGAUGGAACUGAAGCUCAUAACGAUCAGUAAUCACGAUCAUAUAAUCGCCCAGUCCCAAUAUAUCGAUAUCGCUGAUAUAAAAAAAAUAUAUAUUGUGAUAAACUUUUUACAAUAUCGCCUAGCCCUAACAUCGACCAUGAUUCACAAACACUCCUGCAGUAACAUCCAAUAUAAAUGUGACAUUAAAACUGAAAAGAAAAGCUGUCAUCUCUCAGUCUUGUUCUGUAAAAGUUGUUGCUCAGGAACAGUUUUUUGUUUUGAAUGCAGCCUUUUUAGCAACACUGAACGCAUGUUCAAAACCGACAAUGCUUCACCAACAUUGUCAGAGGAGCGUGUUUGUCUGGGUUUAACAUACGACACUAUUAUUUAGGAAAACAAGAAAGUAGAAUACACUAAUGAGUACAUUUUAACACGUUCAGGGAGAGUUAAAACAUGCUAAGAAGCUAAAAACAGCAACACGGAUGAAGUGUUACACAUUAGAACUCCAACUUAAGCCAAACUCCACUUUUUAAACAUUUCUUUUACUGACAAUCAUCCCUGUUUAUUUAUCCAACAAACCUUUCGAAAUGGCAGUGGAGUCCAUCCUCUCAACCCUGGGUGGAAAACUCGGGUUAGAUUACAGUUAGCUAACCGCUCAGCUUCAGUUCAUAAAUGUAAGUAUUCACAGCAAACAGCGAUGUUGGUGCAUCAAAAUCAAACCGAGAACACUUAAAUCCAUCUCUAAAGCACUGUAGCGCCACAUUUAACGACAAAAUCACAUCUAAAUCGUCUAUUCUGGUAGUUAAAUGUUGCAUUUAUUUUGUUGUCAGGUUCAUCUUCUUCUCUGUUUAAAGCUCACGGACACUCACUGCUGCUAUCGCCCCCUGCUGGAGAUUAUUCACCGCGCACCCAUCAGCCGCUGCCUCAGUUAACACAGCAGACAAAUUGUGGAAUAUUGCGGUCUCUUUUGUAUUAUAUGUUACAUUUUCACGUUUAAAAAUAAAGUCUGGGUUCCAUCAGCUCUACUAAACUGCCAUCUAAUUAUAUCUAAAUUUUUUAGUCAAGAAUUGGUCCCAUUUUUACCACAGUUUUAUUUAGAUCUACAUAUAUUUAUACGCUGAACUACAUAAUGCCGUUCUGUUUUCAGUUCUCAUCUUUUUUCUUUAGAUCAAACCAGAAGAUGUGAAUAUAUUUUAUUUCUGCAUCAUAUUUCACAUUGUAUCAUCCUUUGUAAUUUCACAUUGCUUUAUAUUUUAUUUAAUUGUAUUGAAAUGCACUUCCUUUAAUCCGAUGGUUAAUUCACAAAUAAUCAAACCAUGUCUCUUUUUUUGUUUAUCGCUUACCACCACUUUCAUAUUGUAGUUUUAUUUAUAGUUUAUUUAUCUAAUCUAUAUCUAGUCUCAUUUUAUUGUGCAUGAUCAUUUACUUUCUUCUUUUUUUGUCUUAGUAUUGCCGCAACUCUUGAAUUAUUCUACUUUAUUGAAAGUAGCUCUAUUAGGCUAACUGUUAUUCGCCAGUCUAAUGAUAUUAAGACACUGUUUAAUCAUCUUUACAGUGGUUUUUGUCCCAAAACUUUAACUCUUUUUGAUCUCCGAGAAUUGAAACCAGGUGUGGAGAACACUGAGGGUUUGGGGUUGAUGGAGAAGCUCCACUUUCAAGGGCAGCACCAAGUCAUUUGGUUUUUAAGAACAUUUUCUCUUAGUAAUUGUGAGGGGAAGUCUUGGUAUUGUAAAUGAGACCAGGUCCAGUUUAAUUAUGUUCCAUGUAUUCAAAGGUGAGAGUUGGGAGUAAAUGAUCCAGCAAAAAGGAAAAGUAUUACUGACUGUUUUAUCAAACUAUUUUCUUCUAUGUGUGAGUGUGUGUGUGUUUUGAGGUUUUAUUAAAGGGAUAUUCCAGCAUAAAAUUAAGUUAGGGUCAAACACACUGUAACACCGAGUUAGACACCCCCUUCAAGAGAUCAAUGUCGCCGACCGCUUGCUUCUCUCGUUAUACCAACUUUAGUAAUGACCGCAUGAUAGCAAAACAGAGAGCCACGCGCUUAACCAUAAUGCCACUCUAUAGCCAAAAAUAAUGCUCAGAACAGCACCUAACUUCAUCAACAGGACAUAUAGGGUCCCAGCCAUAGUACUAGACACCAAACAUCUUUUUAGCUUAGCAAAGAGACUAAACACAACUCCCCUACUCUCUUUCAGCAGCCGCUUGUUUGUAGCGAGACCUCAGGCCAGUCCAUUACAGACUACAGCGGGGUGACGCAGCUCAAGGAAGAACAUUUAUGAUCAUUACUUCAUGGAAAUGCAGAGAUGCUAAGGCAGAAGAACUACUGCGUCUAUUAAUAUGGUGAUUGUCACUUAAAGGAAAUGAUAAUGUAAUGAUCAUAAAUGUUCUUCCUUGAGCUGCGUCACCCCACAGCAGAUGAUGGACUCACCCGGGGGUCUCCGUACGAACAAGCGGCUGCUGGAAGAGAGUAGGGGAGUUGUGUUUCGUCUCUUUGCUUAAGAAAUCAGGCAAAAUUAAAAAGAUGUUUGUUGGCUAGUACUAUGGCUGGGACCCUAUAUGUCCUGUUGAUGAAGUUAGGUGCUGUUCUGAUCAUUAUUUGUGGCUAUAGAGUGGCGUUUUGGUUGAGGUUUGUUUAUGGCUCUUUAGACCACUGAGUAUUGCCAUCGUGCGGUCGUUACUAAAGUUGGUAAAACUAGAGAAGCAAGCAGUCGGCAACAUUCAUCUCUCGAGGGGUUGUCUAACUCGCUGUUACAGUGUGUUUGACCCUAAAUUAAUUUUACGCCAGAAUAUCCCUUCAAGUUGUUCGCGGGUGGGGGUGGGAAUUACUGCCUGUGCCCUGGACAUUCAAUAGGCUUGGUCCAGCCCUGCCCGAGUUACACUCCAGUCCUCAUGGAUCCUCCUCAGUGCCGGUCUUCAGCCCUCGAGCGUUUACCUUUCAACAACACCGCCUUAAAGACGCUGCCGGUGGAUGACUCUGAGGAGCCUGGAUCCCGGACGGUCCCUGCAGCUUGCUUCUCCCGCAUUCGCACUCUCCAGCCGCUGGUGCGUCCGGUCUUCGUGGCUCUGUCCCCGGCGGCGCUGGCUUUGCUCGGCUUGAGCGUCCAGGAUGUGUUGGGUGAUCCUCUGAGCUCGGAGUAUUUGAGCGGCUCCAGGCUGCUGCCGGGCUCCGAGCCGGCUGCACACUGUUACAGCGGGCACCAGUUCGGCCUGUUCGCGGGGCAGCUGGGGGAUGGAGCAGUGAUGUACCUGGGAGAGGUGGAGUCGGAGACGCAUGGGCGAUGGGAGAUUCAAGUGAAAGGUGCAGGAGUCACACCGUACUCAAGGUAACUUUAAUGUGUCUACCAUCUACCUAAAGCAUGUGUAAGAACCUCAGGGUCAGGUUAUUGAUCUGUUCAAUGUUUUUAACUAAGAAAAUCAACCACAGCAGCUGAGACAGGUAUUCUUUCACGAGUCUUAUUCACAGAGGCAUGUGAGUGUAUUAACUCAAGGAGAGCUACUUAUGAGCUUACAGUGUUUGGCACACAUUAACUGUGGCCUGUAUUUCCCAACAACAGCCUGCUUUGCAGAGCUUGAGUUUCCACUGUAACAUAUUGGAUAAAUGUAAAAUUACAAGUUGAGGAUGAACCUGGUUAUCACCUGCUGCAUUAUUCAUGUCCAGUUAUUAUACAGCUUGUCUAACUGUUAGUGGGCGUAAAUACCACUUGAAUCCAACAGGUGGCACUAUUACUGCUAAUGUAGAUGAGGUGAGACUGAGACCAUCCCCAAACUUUGUAAAUUUGGCGCAGAUCGGACACUGUACCAUGUAUCCCCACAGGGCGGCGCUGUGAUGGUAGUUUGAAACUCAACUCACAUAAACGGUCCGGGACGCGAUAUUUUUUUGUCGUAGAAUGGUAGGGGAAGGUCCCGCCCCCUUUGCCUUUGAUUGGCUGUGAAAUGUUCUCACACGGUCAAGCCGAGCGCAGGCUGUCGAGCGUGUUACGUAUUUGCUCCGUAGAGCAGCAUUGGGUAUCGCAUACAGGAUGUGUAUUUGGAUCGGGAGUUUGCAUACUGUGUUAUAUUUUGAAAUACCAUAUGACGAUCUUCUCUGUGUGGAUUGACGCACAUUGGAAGCAAAAAUAGACCUGUCGUGUAUCUUUAGCAGUGCUGCUCUCGAUACGAUGCUGCGAUGGAGCUGAUCCGCGUCCUCUACGUUUUGCUGCAUUGAUAAGAAUGCAACCUAUUUGCUGCGUGAUACGCGAUGCUGCUGCCACGCUCCAAAUACGCAUCUUGUAUGUUUUAGCCUUAACCUGACAGACGAUGACGUUUCACAUCCAUAAGGAGUAACCAAUCAGAGUCCAGCACUUCUAAAAAAAUCGCGUCUGGAACUGACUUUGACUUUGCAAAAUUUGAAGGAGGUUAUAUGUAUCAGUAAAAAUAACUUCCUGUUUCAUGGUCAAGCAUCGAGAUUUGCGAAGCCAUCAUAGCCGCACCAAAAAAACCCAUAAAAUAUCUUUUUUUUUGGCAGGGCCGGGUGCAGGUGGGGGGUGUGGUUAGUUUCAGAGCUAAAGGAGAAAGAAAGAAAAAGAUAGAAAGAUGGAAAAGCCAAACUUGCGGCUAACAUCUGAACUUUUCCCAGAGAUGGCGACGGCAGGAAGGUGCUUCGCUCCAGCAUCAGGGAGUUCUUAUGCAGCGAGGCCAUGGCUGCUCUGGGGAUACCCAGCACCCGUGCGGCCUCCCUGGUGACCUCAGACCUUUACGUCACCAGAGAUCCUCUUAACAACGGCAGGCGAGUUUCUGAGCGCUGCUCGGUCGUGCUGCGGCUUGCACCAUCCUUCAUCAGGUAAGAAGCAUUCAGUUUUUUAUAUUAGAGCACAAAUUCUAAAGAGAUAUCAAAUGUUUGUCACGUCUCCUGCUAUUCUUUUUUAGAUUUGGAUCUUUUGAGAUCUGUCUAGGGCGAGAUGACUUUUCAGGUCUGCAAGGUCCCAGUGCAGGGCGGCAUGAGAUUCGCAGUCAGCUGCUGGAUUAUGUCAUUGAGGCUUUUUAUCGUCACAUCCAGCAGACUCACACAGACAGAAAGAACCGGAAUAUGGCCUUUUUUAAAGAGGUGAGAGAUGAGGUGAUGUUUGAGUGUCCUAAGCUGUGAUUUGGUCUCCAUUUACAGAUGUUUCUUUGACGGAGAAACAUGAAGGAUUUGUCUGGUUUAUCUACAGGUCAUGGUGAAAACUGCAGAGCUAGUGGCCCAGUGGCAGUGUGUUGGUUUCUGUCAUGGUGUCCUCAACACAGACAACAUGAGCAUCCUGGGUCUCACUCUGGAUUAUGGUCCCUUCGGUUUCCUGGACCGGUAAAAUGAGUUUAUUCUGAUGAUUAUAAAAUGUUCCAGACAUGAGAUUAAAACUUACUUUAAAAGAAGAUAUAUCUAUGAAACAGUCAGGUGUGUCAUUAUUCUUCACAUUCUUCAUCAGAUUUGAUCCAGAUUUCGUUUGCAACGCCUCGGACAAAAGAGGUCGUUACUCAUACAGGGCCCAGCCGUCUGCGUGCCGCUGGAACCUGACUCGCCUGGCAGAGGCGCUGGGCUCUGAGCUGAAUGCAGCUGAGGCGAAGGCCACUGUGGAUGAAUUCAUGCCCACGUACAAAGCCCUCUACCUGGGCAUUAUGAGAAAAAAGCUGGGACUUGUGAGAAAGGAGGAGGUGGCUGACAGCGAGCUCGUAUCAGACCUUCUAUGCCUCAUGCACAACACUGGUAUGAUGACUGGUCUAUUUGUUCGACGUGACAAAAGCACAUUGGUGCAGCUUUUUAUCUGUAAAAUAAAGUUUAUAGAGGUACGUAAAAAACGUUCUUUUCAGGUGCGGAUUUCACCAACACCUUCCGCCUGCUGAGCCGCGUCCCCUGGCCUGAAGAGGGAGUCAGUGAGCAGGCUGCUGUUGGGCCAGUUUUGGACCUCAUCUUAAAGCAGUGUGCAUCUUAUGAGGAGCUAAAGGUGGCUAAUAAGCCAACAAUGGAGGACGGGUGAGGGGGUGUAUGGUGGUUUGUUAUAUCUGUGUUUCUUCUUGAGCAACUACAAGGAGAACCGCUCCACCAUAGACUCCCAAUAAUGUGUCUCUAACCUUAGUUGAGCCUCACCUUCUCAAAUAACAAUAUCUGUCUGUUUUGCCUCUUAUAUGCUAGCAUUUUGAGGAAAAAUCUUACCAAGAAAAUAUGUAAGUUUUAGCAUUUGAAAGGAUUUACGUUGAUACAGAAGCAGGCCUACGCCAGAGCUGGUUUUUCAGUCCUGUUUGCCUGUCACCUCUAUUUUUUUCCCAUUUCUAGUGAAUUGGCAAUGAUUCUGUCAAUGGCACAAACAAACCCGGCAAUGUUCGGCAUCGUAGCAGAGAGCCCAGCUGUAUCUGAGCAGCUUGUAAGAAUGGGGCGGCUGAAGGAGCUUCUCAGCACAGAUCAGGAUGAGCUGAAGGAAAAGCAGCGAGAUGACUGGACUCGCUGGAUUAGCCGGUACAGGUGAGGGUAAACGUAUUUGAUUUUUGUGAGCUGUAAUCAGGCCGUAACAUUUCACUUUAUGAAUUAUACUGUUGAUUUCCUUGACACAUAGAAACCCAAGCGUAAGAGUGCAGCCGCCCAGCCAAACCCUAACCCUUGAAUCACAUGAUCACAUUUUUCUUGUGUUGGUACACCAGGAGGCGUUUAUCCAGGGAGUGUGACGGCACAGCUGACAUGUCUCCAAUCAAAGAGGAGAGGAUCAGUAUAAUGAACAGCACCAACCCCCGUGUUGUCCUAAGGAACUACAUCGCCCAGAAUGCAAUUCGGGCAGCAGAAAAGGGAGACUUUUCUGAGGUUAGGGGACUUGUAGUAGAAAUCUCAAUUAAGCCGAUUAGAUCUGAGGGGAAACCUCAGCGUUGAGCCAAAUCUGAGGGCAAAAAAACUGCAGUACCUCAAGUGUCCACUGGAGGCAUACGCCAAAAGUCAAAGACAGGAAUUAAAGCUCAAAUUGAACAGCCACCUUUUUUUUUUCUCAACAGCAAAGGGCAAAUUUUCUAAGAACUCGUCUGUUUUGAUUGUGUUAUGGCUGCAAUGUUGUUUUCGUUGACAAUGACAACAACACUGCAGAAUAUAUGUUUAGCAUCUGACUGACAAAAUGCUCAUGAAUUUUGCAGCUCUGUUCGUCGUCCAUCACUAACAUUUCCGUCUCGUCAACGUAAACGCACAUUUGUCUCGUCAAAUUUGACUCGUCUAAGACUUAUGUUUAGCUCAUCAACGUCACGUUUUCGUCGUUGACAAACAACGCUAUAUGGCUGACUCAUGCUUAAUUUGUGUUGCACCUUUUAUUCAAAUCAAAAAUCAAUAAAUUUGACUUUUGAAUAACCAAUGAUCUGCAUCUUCUCCUGCAGGUCAACAGGGUCCUCAAGAUUCUGGAAAAACCAUAUUCUGAAUCUGAUGAGUCUCUGGAUGGUCCUGAUGGAACUAAACCAGCUCCUCACUAUGAUAGGAAGCCACCUGCUUGGGCGAAAACUAUCCGUAUCACCUGAUCCACGUAGAACCUCUCAGACAGGGGGAUGUGGAAGGUCUAUUUCCUCAGCUGAACCACUUGGGUCUCAGUUUCCAUAGGAGACAAAAUCAGACUUUUUCACCUGCAUCCUGAGGGGAGGUUUUUAUGUAAGCCGGUGUGCUCCAGGACUCAUCAGUGAUCCUUGUUUGUCUGAUGAUAAUACUUUUAUUACAACGCUGAAAUAGGAGAGGGAGGAAAACAACAGCGUCACGGACCAAGCUUGACAUAAUGAUCAUCCUUAGGAGAGGCUGAUGUUUUAUUUUGCUGAUGAAGUAUGACGGCUCAGAUGACCAGUCCCACAAUGACCCGUCUGAGUCUGAAACAACAGGAGCACACUGGGACCAGUUUUUUCAAGAUAAUAAGCACAUAUCAGAUCAACAGGCUGGUAAUGGCAGCAAGGAUAAGUGGUUUGAAGAUAUGUCAAAGUAUCUAUCUAUCUAUCUAUCUAUCUAUCUAUCUAACUUUCUAUCUAUCUAUCUAUCUAACUUACUAUCUAUCUAUCUAUCU